AUGGACGAUGGUCGCUGCCAACGAAAAUUAUUUUUCAUAUGCACUUUUGUCCUUUCUGUAGCUCUCCUAAUUCAUGGACUCCAUUCCAGUAAAGAUGCAACCAAUGUCAAGUUUGUCCAUGUUAUAUUUAUGAAUCAUUUAGAUGUGGGUUAUGAUGGGAUCUCCCCAGAAGUAGGAUUUAUAAAUAACAUUCUCAAUAAAUACUUUCAUGAAUACUUUCCGAGAGCUGUCAAUUUGUCCAUACAAUUACGAGCCGCAGAAUAUGUUGAAAAUUUUGUGUAUACAACUCAUCCUUGGCUGGUCAGCUUGUUUUUGGAUUGUCCAGGAAGUUUCAAACUUACAGACAUCCCUCUUAUGUGUCCUAAUGAAACUGAGAAGGAAUACUUUGAGGCAGCUAUUAAGAGAGGAGACAUAACAUGGCAUGCUGGUCCAAUGAACAUGCAGCCAGAGAACAUGAACAACCUGCUCUUCCAGAUGAGCCUGAACAUGAGUUUUGAACUAGACAAAAGAUUUGGAAUUACAAGAUUGUUUCCGACACUGAGUCAGAGAGAUGUACCAGGACUGACACAGGCAGUGAUUCCUAGCCUGGUGCAGAGGGGGGUUUCUGCUGUUUCUGUUGGGGUCAAUCCAGGCACCAGUCCCCCAGCAGUUCCUCCACUUUUCAGGUGGAGCUUUGAGGGUGAUGAGGUUAUGGCAACAUGGCAUCCAGGAGGUUACCCACUGGGACCAGGACCAAACCCGGCCCGCCCAGGAGGGUUGUCGACUAAAGACUGUGUGGUGAAGCCAGGAUUUGAACAUGCUCUCUGUUUUGCAUUUAUACAAGAUAAUGGAGGUCCACCAAUUGAUGUCCUGGAAAUUUUAGGCAAUUAUGAAAUCCUCAGAAAAGAAUUUCCAAAUGCUAAAAUAAAAGGAUCCACAUUUGAGGAUUAUUUUGCUGAGGUGAACAAGAUCAGACAUAGUCUGCCCAUUAUUAGACAGGAAGUGGGCGACACUUGGAUACAGGGAAUAUCAUCGGAUCCUUUCAAAAUGGCCACCUAUAGAGCCAUAAGUGAAGCAAUGUCAGACUGUGUAAUCUCAGGUGCCUGCAAUGUGUCUGAUCCAAGCAUAGUGAGUGCCGUUAGGCUGCUCAUUAAGUUACCAGAACACACAUGGGGUCUUCCAGGGGUAGGGGACAAUGUAAACUGGAGCAACCCACAGUUUAAUGUAGCAAGAUCAGGUGAGAAUUUUAGAAACUGUGAAAAAGCUUGGCAGGAACAGAGAGCAUUUCUUGGAAUGACCAUGGAUCAGCUAAAGAAUGCACAGCUAUUGUAUGAUAUGAUUGAACAAGCCUUAUCUCAGUUGGUGCCACAGGAGCCAGAUCUCAAUGCAUAUGAGAUUGUCAGUGACAUGUCGGAGACUUUUAAAUGUGAAGAUGGAAUGAAAAUCCAAUUUGGAAAGGAUGGAUCAAUUCUGUCACUAUAUGACCCUUAUAAUUUUGUAGAAUGGGCAACAGGUGCCCCUCUAGGACAGUUUCUGUAUGUCACCUAUAAUGAGACAAAUUUUAUGGACAUGGCCAAGCAGUAUAACUAUUAUGGCGGAGCAGGGUACGACAAGAAAAACUCCACUAAAAAUGCCCAUCCUGAAUCUAGGCCUUGGUCAACAGUUCUCAGUCAAAUGUACCGAGCCAAAAAACCUGCUUUAGAUAGUUGUGACAUUCUACUUAAGCUGGUGAUGGCAGAGUCAAAAAGUCACACAUGGUAUGGUGCCCCAGAGUCUGUGUGGAUAAACUACAAGUCAAGAGCUGAAGGGUUUGAUGUAACAUUGCAAUGGACAAACAAAACACCAACUAGACUUGCAGAAUCAAUAAUGUACUUCUUCAGUCCAGCUAAGAAGAAGGGCUUUAAUUGGAGAUUAUCUAAAGUAGGCCACCUGGUGGACCCUGGUAAUGUUAUUCUAAAUGGAAGUCAGUAUGUUCAUGCUGUUGACAGUGGCGCUUAUUACAUCAAUAACAUUGGACAAGGUCUCCAACUCCUUACUCCGGAUGUACCACUGGUUUCCAUAGCAACAAAAGAAAGACCACCAUCACCUUUUCCUGUUCCAUUAAAGCCUAUUUCACAGAGUGACAUUUCUGGGGUAGCCUUUAAUUUGUUUAAUAAUAUAUGGAAUACAAAUUACAUAUUGUGGUAUCCGUACAAUGAUGGGGCAAACUCUUCUAAACCUGGUGAUUUUAAAGCAAGAUUUCAAAUUAAUUUUUAUGUCCCAUAGAAAUCAUGGCUACUUUUAUCAUCAAUGAAUCAUCAGUAUUCAAUACUCAAUGAUUUUUUUUCAUUGCUUUUUAACUCACUUUGGUAAAGUUAUGGGAAGCUCUCCUAUCCCUGAAAGACCUACUUUCAAGUAACAAUAAACCCUAGCAGGACCAAGCUUGCAAGGGUGAUACAUCUAGGGAUCAGGGCUCGAAAUAAUUGAUGGCCCGCUGGUCUGGGGCCAUUGAAUUUUCAAUCUGGGCUAGUACAUUGCAGAGGGCACGUGCCCUUUGGGUCAGCAUUUUUUUUAUGCAUAAUAAAAUUCAUUCACAGUAGGGCGAGUUAAUUGGACAGAGUUGUGUGUCCCAACUUCUACUGUUUCUUGUUUUGUUAAGUUGUACUAAGUAUCACAAUAUAAAAAAAUAUUACUAUUAUUAUUAUGGUUUUGAGCCAGACUUUUUAAAAUCUACUGGGCCAGUGGGACAGUGAAAGUACUAAGCUGACCAGUAAAAAUUUAAGGCGAUAGCCCGAGUGACCAGUAAACAAAAAUAAUUAUUUCUAGCCCUGGGGAUUCUUACUAACAGUCAUGCUUUGGAUGGUGACUCCGACAAAUAUUUUUCUUGAUGAGUGAGGAGGUUAAAUUUUUGGAGGAGGUCCAUUUUAAAGUAACUUUCAGCACUUUAUGAAUCAAACUUACAUGGAUGAUGCAUCUAAGAGUGCAACACUACCAGACUUGCUCUGAAUGCUGUUCGUUGCAUUGUACAUGUAUAUGGAUGGCGAUUCUAGAAAUAUCAACUUGCAAUUUUGCUCAAGCUGCUGCAAGUAAUCUGUAUUUUUAGCUGCGUAAUCAAGUAUGAUACAAAUAUUGGAGUCAUUUGGUAUACUGCCGUACUUAUACUGUAGAUAACAUUCCUCAAGGAAAGCUAUGUACAUAUACCUGAGCUUUUGAUAACUUACAUUUUGCUACUCUUCAACCUUCAUUAUAUACAUUUAUUUACAAAAGUUGAGAGAGAAUUUGAAAUUGUAUUGUGUAAAAAUGUGAUAUUAUUCACUGUAUGAAAUAAGUUCAGAAAGAAAGAAAAAUACAUAUAUAAAGGCAAAGGGACACAUACUACGGUUAAUAACUGAUUGUCACAGUACUAGGCAUUUCUUAUCUAACCAGUUUUAUUUUCAUUGACUUUAAGUUUUGAUUUUACUAACAGUCUGUGAUAAAUGAAUUUGUAAAAAUUUUGUAAUAAAUUUG